AUGCGUGGGGACAAUAAGCCGUACAAGUGUCCCCAUUGUGUCAAGGCCUUCGCCAACAACUCCUAUCUGGCGCAGCACAUGCGGAUCCAUUUGGGGAUCAAGCCAUUCGGCCCCUGUCAAUUUUGUAAUAAGAAAUUCACCCAACUCUCCCAUCUACAGCAACACAUUCGAACGCACACGGGCGAGAAGCCGUACAAGGUAAGAAAAAGUUCAAAAAAGAGAGAUGGUCAAACUAUGGGCGGUAGAUUUGCUCCGAAUUUUUUUUCAAUCUUCAAUUUGUCAUCUGUAGAAUUUGCAACAUUCUAUGAAACUUAAAAAUCAAAUCCAAUUUUUGGAUUUUCCAAAAUAUUUAUAACUUCAAGUGUAUGUUCUACAACUCAUUUCCCAAUUUUCAGUGUAAAAUCGCGGGCUGUGACAAGUCGUUCAGCCAGUUGUCGAAUCUCCAAUCCCACUCCCGAUGCCAUCAAUCCGACAAGCCAUUCAAAUGCAAUUCGUAAGCCAGUUUGUCUUAAAAAAAGUUUCUAAAAUCCGCAGUCUUCGAUAAGGCGAAUGUUUUCAGUUGUUACAAGUGUUUUAACGACGAGACAGCUUUACUGGAGCACAUUCCCAAGCACAAAGAGUCCAAACAUUUGAAGGUGCACAUCUGCUCCUUCUGCGGCAAGUCCUACACGCAGGCGUUGUAUCUGGAGAAGCACAUGGCCAAGCACGCGGAUCGUCCUCGAUUCACGUAGGUCUAACUAUUCGCCUGCGCAAAUUAUAAGCAAAGAUUUAAAUUUUAAUAGCAAAGAUUUUAAUUUUUCCUUUAUUUUUUAACACGUAUUUUAGCAAGUACAGUAACUACAGCGACUUCUCCGCUGAAAGUAUCGAAGGUCUCAACCAGCUGAACAACUUUAAUCAACUCAAUAAUCUCGGACAAAACUCGUUGAGUAAGUUUUUGGGGAAUGAGUGGGCGCAGCUUGCCUAAUUAAAAAUUGCUCAAACUAGCCUUGAUUAGGGUUCUAGAGUCAUCCAAUCUCUCUCAAACAUACUAACAAGACUCCCUUUCCAGUCUCCGGUUCGUUCCAACAAAUCGCGGCGUCGGCCGCGGCUGUGGCCACCUCUUCAAGUUCGGCCCAACCCAACAACGGCCAAGCUCUCACUGCCAACUUGGUCCAAGCCAACGGUACCAAUGGUACCUCCAACGCCAACAACAACCAGAACAAUCCCACGUCCGCCGCGACGGUGACGGUAGCCGCCUCGUACGGCUACUCGAACAUCACGAACCAGGCCGCGAAUCAGAUGAUCGGGAACUCGAUGAACCCGCUCGAGUUCUUCCACCGCUCCUUCCAACAGCGGGAGAAUGUUCAGGUGCGCGUUAACGGACAGGACAGACCCGCCGGGUAAGCAGCGGCUGAUUUUGUUGAGAUUUGAAAGAUUAGAGGGGCAUUUGUAUUAUCCUUGGAAAUUCUCAAGAAUAGAUGCUCGGAUUUUCUGGGGUAGCCGAGAAAUUCAAGUUUUUUCUGACUGAACGCUGUGGAAAAUAAGGAAAAACUGAAAAAAAAAUCAUUUUUGGUCAGAUUUUUCAAAAUUUUCAUCGAAAUAAAUUAUUUUUUUGCAAAGUCUCCUAAUUAAGAGCAUACUUUGUUUAGGCAUUUUUUAGCCAUUUUCGACCUAAAACUCUCAGUCAUUUCUGCAGAGUGCAAGAUAUAAAAAUGAAAAAUUUUUGUCCAAGUUUAUUCCUAGUUAUAUAAAUUCACAUUUCAAAUUUUUCAGAUUCAACAUGAUCACUCCGCUGGAGAACAUUAAGACGUUCAACCAAAACAACGCCGCCACCGCCGGCUUUAACAAUUGCGCUUAA